AGCGCGUGGCACGAGGGGGAGGGGCAGCGGUUGAGAUGGGCGAGACCAUGUCCAAGAGGCUGAAGCUCCAUUUGGGAGGGGAGGCAGAGAUGGAGGAGCGGGCCUUCCCCAACCCCUUUGCGGACUACGAAUCCGCCUCCGCUGUGGCAGUUGCCGCCGGCGUCGCUUCCGAAGAGCCUCCCCAACUCGUCGGGAAUAAUCUGGGCCUCCCAUUUCACGGCGAUGGGAAGAUCAACUCCAGUUUUACAAAGAGGAUCCAGACCAAAAUCAAGGACCUCCUGCAGCAGAUGGAGGAAGGUCUGAAGACCGCCGAUCCUCAUGACUGCUCUGCGUACACUGGCUGGACAGGCAUAGCCCUUCUGUACCUGCAGAUGUACCGAGUCACUUCGGACCAGGCCUACCUACUGCGAUCCCUGGAUUAUGUGAAGAGAACACUUCGUAAUCUCAGCGGCCGGAGGGUCACUUUUCUCUGUGGGGAUGCGGGGCCCCUCGCCGUAGCUGCUGUGGUGUACCACAAGCUAAAGAGUGACAGCGAGUCCAGAGAGUGCAUCACAAAACUUUUGCAGCUACAGAAAACAGUUGUAAGUCCAGACUCAGACCUUCCAGAUGAGCUCCUUUAUGGACGGGCAGGUUACCUAUAUGCCUUACUGUACUUGAAUACAGAGAUUGGUCCAAACACGGUGUCUGAGACAACUGUCAAAGAGGUAGUAAAUGCUAUCAUCGAAUCAGGUAAAAAUCUAUCCAAGGAAGAACGCAAAACUGAACGCUGCCCACUGCUGUUCCAGUGGCAUAGGAAGCAGUACGUUGGAGCCGCUCAUGGUGUGGCCGGAAUCUACUAUAUGUUAAUGCAGCCAGCAUCUAAUGUGGACCAGGAAACCUUGACGGAGUUGGUGAAGCCAAGUGUUGAUUAUGUGCGACAUAAAAAAUUCCGAUCUGGAAAUUAUCCAUCCUCAUUAAGUAAUGAAACGGAUAGAUUAGUCCAUUGGUGCCAUGGUGCCCCAGGGGUUAUACAUGUGCUUCUACAAGCCUAUAAGAUCUUUAAGGAGGACAAAUAUUUGAAGGAUGCUAUGGAAUGCAGUGAUGUCAUCUGGCAGAGAGGCUUACUGCGGAAAGGAUAUGGAAUCUGCCAUGGGACGGCAGGAAAUGGUUACUCCUUCUUGUCCCUCUACCAUCUCACUCAGGAUAAAAAGUACCUCUACAGAGCCUGUAAGUUUGCAGAGUGGUGUUUAGAUUAUGGAGCACAUGGGUGUCGUAUUCCUGACAGACCCUACUCACUCUUUGAAGGUAUGGGCGGCACUAUUCACUUUCUGUCAGAUAUCCUGGUUCCAGAGACAUCCCGCUUUCCAGCAUUUGAACUUGGCCCUCCACAAAGGGAAAAAAGGGUAGAAAAAGACAGCUGAAAACAUCCCUUUGUAUCAAAAGCAACACAGCUGCGUAGUGCCUGAGACAGAACCAACUUUGGAUCCUAAAGAAGUCAGCAUCCAUCCUUGCCCCUUUGUCCAAAGGACCAUGAAAAGCGUGAGCGAAGGAAACCGCCACGUUGGUGUUUUGUUGCAGCGUUACUGUCAGUUGUGUAAAAUAUGAAGCCCUUAAACUCAUUUGCCAUUGUUCCCUUCAGGCUCUUUCUGGUGUUUGCAUGUUUCUUAGUGUUGUCCGUAGGUGUGAGUUUGUUAUUCUGUUCGGAGACAGAGCUGUGCAGUUUGUGUGAAUCCCAAUGCUGCCUUCGCAUGAGUGUUAAUAGCAGCCGCACACACAAAAUCUCCCUAUUUACAUCAAAGGAAAAUGCAGUAUGAUGUCCAUUUAGCUCAGAAGCUUGGAACUAUGUUAAUAUGGUGAGUGUAUUCCCUUCCUCCUCCCAUUUCCUGUUGGCACUUUUCAUUUGAGCAGUAUUUUCUCAUGGCUAUCAUGAGAGAAGGGCACCCCCAAGAAUUUAAAAUGAGCACUAGUAGGUAGGGGAAGAGUUCUUUGGAAACUCCUCAUAAAACAGUUGAGAAUUUCCCCUGUGUGCACUUAAGUCUCUGUAUUUUUAGGAUUUACUUGGACUAAGUUGUAGCUAUCCCCCCUAUAACCCCUAGUGACAUUCCUGUUUUUAGUAGAGAAUUCACACACCUUUGAUGCAAUUCUCAAAUUUUAUUUGUAGUAGUAGCAAUGAUCCUAGUUCCCAAGGCCCUCUUCAGUUAAAUUAACGUUAUGGUGUGUAAGGCAAUAUCUUAAGCUGAGCCUGCACCAGAGCAUCUGCAUAGUUGGUACCAACAUCUGAUUGUCAGUAAUUCAGGAACAGGAAUACGUACAGAAAAUAGGCAUUAUUAAAGCAGUCUACACUUGAACCUCAAGCAGUAAUGAAUUUCGUAACCUGUUAUAAUGAUGAAAGCGGUGAAUGGAAUUUCACUUGAGUAUUCAAAGGAAAACAUUAAUUAAACCAUCAUAGUGACCCUGUAAUUAAAAUGUUUCAGAAACAAUAAUCCAUUUGUAGACUUACAAUGAAAAUUAUUUGAUGAACUUUUGAGUGCUCUCAUUUCAUGAGCUAUUUUAAUAUAGCAUGACUGUGUUUAUUCACAUACAGACCUAAUUCUCUAUAAUUUUUCUAUAAUACAGAUGUAGAUUAUUUUGACAGUAUCAUUGCCUUUAUAUUACCAGUUGAAAACUGAGGCACUGUUAUUUUUUUUUAAUCUGCUACUAAUUUGGCUAACAUAUCUUAAAAAUUCCAUUUGGUAAUUUCUGUUUCCCAUCCAUUAGAUACCCAUCCUAGUUCCUCACAGAUAAUACAAAGUCACAUAACCUUGAUAACAUUUGCCAAGGCAGAAUGUUCUGGGUUUGGAAGAACAAUGUAAUUUCUUGAUGAUCAGCCCCACCAUUAUCAGGAACAACCUACACAAGUGCUUUCUUCCCUAGUUGUGAAUUUUAUUUUUGUAAAUAGAAAAUAACAUACAUUUCAGUUUAAAUUUAAUUUCCUGCCAUGUACUGUUACUGAGGAGUUCCUGAGCCCUGUUAAUAGGAAUCAUAAGCCACAACUGUAAUUGCUGAAUAGAUAGACCUCAGUUCACAAAUCAAUUUAUUUAAUUUGUAGAAAUCCACAGAGAUGAAAGAUGCCCCAUAACUUUGAAAUUAUCAUUCUUUCUUCUUGCCAUUGCAGUAUUUUUUCUAAGUCAUUGACUUUUUCUUUUUUUUUUUUUUAACAAUGUACCAAAGUACAGUCUCAUCAGGAUUCAGACUAAUAAUUUGCUGUCAUGAAUGAUGUAAGAGCAGUUGUUUGGCAAAACAAAACACAUCAUGUACAAUCUCAUCCAGUUCACUAUAGACUACCAGCCCAUCAGUGGCCACAAAUUGCAGGGUUUGCUGGUGAUCUCCUACCACCCAUAUGACUUUGUCUGUGCCCAGCUUCCUCAACAGUAAUAGCUGGGAUCUGGAUAGAAGGCCAACCAUCUUUAGAAUGACCUUUCUGUCCUCUCAGUGGACCACUGAGAAGGGACAAAUGGAAUGAAUCACUUUAGGUGUACCCAAAAUGAGAUCCUUGCCAAGAUGAAGAGACACUCCCCUAAGGAUGUUGGUUAUGAUAGAGACCUCCAGACUAACACCGAAGGUUCAGUCUAACUGGAUUUCCUUGUAUUUAGGCUUGUUCAUUUCCAUUUAUGUUUGAAAAAUCAGGGGCUAACCUGAUGAAGUAGAAUAAUUAUGUUUAUUUCAGGUUAACAAAAAUAUUUGCUGAAUGAAUGACUGACCCCAAAGAGCUGAUGUGGAAAACAAGUUUUCAACCUGGCAAAGUUAAUAUACUUUCAGGGUUUCAUUUGGGAAGGAGGGGGGAGGGAAGUUGCCAACAUUCACACUCCUACAUAGUAAAGUGGUGAGUAGUUGCAUUAUUUUUUUCCUUCACUCCCAGUUCCCUGUGUCUUCUAACAUGGAUAUUUGUCAGAAUUUGCCACACAUUAAUUGGAAGGCAAGUAGACAGAACCAUUUGCUUCAAAGGGUGGGUCAUUUAAAGACUUAAAUUUAGUAGUUAGUGAUGAGAGUGUCUACUGACUCCUAAAAUUUCGGCAUCCCCAUUUCAUUGGUGAGGAUAUGGCUUUUCUGGGGUUCACAGCUGUGUAACACCAAUGCUUUAAGUGCAUUAUACUGUUUGAAAAUUAGGAAAAACUGUGAUGUCUACUAGUUACUUGGUUUCAUUAGUAAAAAUAUUUUUUGUGUGUGGUGA